GGGUGGGCAGGCAGACGAGUGUGGCAACAUUUUGAUUGCAACAAAUUACUGCCUAUGUAGCAACUGAUUCGUAAGAAGGUUCGAACAACAUAGAAGGAAAAUGCCUUGUUUUGGUUCCGUUCAAACUUACAAAGGACAGAACUAUGAAAAACUCAAGAAAGAAGCCAAGGACAAGGGAGCUUUGUUUAUAGACCUGGAGUUUCCACCAGACGAUCGCUCGCUGUUCUAUUCCCAGGCAAAACUUGCUAAUGUGAUCUGGAAGAGGCCUAAACAAAUUUGUGAAAACCCAAAGUUUUUUGUUGAGGGAACUAGUUCUGGUGAUGUUAAGCAGGGUCGCCUAGGAAACUGUUGGUUUGUGGCUGCUUCAUCCUGUCUGGCUAUUCACAAGGACAUCUGGCAUAAAGUGAUACCAGAUGCUGAGGAGCAAGAAUGGGAUGAGAAUAAGCCAGACAACUACCAGGGAAUCUUCCAUUUUCGGUUCUGGCGAUAUGGGAAGUGGACUGAUGUUGUCAUUGACGACUUCCUGCCCACUAUCAAUGAUGAACUCAUCUAUAUUCACUCUCAAACCAAAAAUGAGUUCUGGAGUGCUUUACUGGAGAAAGCUUAUGCAAAGUUAUUUGGAUGCUAUGAGGCCCUGGAUGGGGGGGAGUUAAAUGAGGCUUUGGAGGAUUUUACGGGAGGAGUGUCGGUCACUCUGGACAUGGUUAAAAUGAACUUAGCUAAUGACGCACAAGAGAGAGCCACGCUGUUUGCCCGGAUGCAGAAGGAAGCAGGCAGAAAAGCAUUAAUGGCAGCAUCAAUUCCUGCAGAGUCCUCAGAAGAAAUGGAGGCUGCAACAGAAACUGGUCUGGUCAAAGGUCAUGCCUAUGGGGUCACAGCUGUCAAAAAUGUUCCUCUGGAGGGUUCUGGACUCUUCAGCUUUUUCAAGACAGAGAAAAUUGCCAUGAUUCGUCUGCGGAAUCCUUGGGGACAAGGAGAAUGGAAUGGGGCUUUCAGUGAUGGGUCACCUGAAUGGCAGAAGAUUUCAAAAGAUGACAGAGAUAAAAUUGGCCUUACUUUUGAAGAGGAUGGAGAAUUUUGGAUGACAUUUGAUGACUAUUGCAAGUACUUUGUACAGACAGCCAUUUGUCGAGUUGUCAAUACCUCUAUGUUUUCACUAAGUAAAACCUGGCAUGAGGGACUAGCCCAUGGGGCGUGGAAAACUCCAGGGAGAGCUGGGGGCUGCAUUAAUCAUAAGGAAACAUUCACCAAGAAUCCACAGUUUCGUUUUGAUAUCACAGAGGAUGACGAUGAGCCAAUGUUUCACUUGCUACAGAAAACUAGCCGGACAGCUACAGGAGAUCAGGAGAAAACUAUUGGAUUCUCUAUUUUUAAGGUUGAGAAAAAUAGAAGAUGCAGGAUUCAUAAUCACACCAAGCAGACUUUUAUGGAAUCCAGUGCCUUCAAAAACAGCAGGUCAAUAUUUCUACAGCCAGCCCUCAAAGCAGGGCGCUAUGUGGCUAUCAUCUGCACAUUUGACCCAAAUAUUGAGGGGGAGUUCCUCUUUAGGAUGUACUCUAGUUCAGCCAAUAAUUUCCAGGAGUUGACUUUAGAUAAGCCUGGAAAGGGAUGUCUGAAUUACUGCUGUUGCUGCUGUUUUGGAGGUGGAGCGAGACUUGUGACCCAGAUCCAGAUACUAAAGGCAGAGGGGCUGGAGAGACAGGAUGUGGCUUCAGGAGCUGAUCCAUACUGCAUUAUAUCAUGCGAGAGAGAAAAAGUUCGGACUCGGACUGUAGAUGACACAAUAAAUCCUGAGUGGAAUGAGUCAGCUAUUUUCUACAGGAGAAAUAUGAGGAAACCCAUUAAGAUUCAGAUUUGGAAUAGCAAUGUCAUCAGAGACUCGUACCUAGGAAAGCAUGUGUUCACAAGUACUGCUGAUUUCAAUGACAACAUCCAGUCUCUUGAACUUGUGGGGAGGGGUAAAAAUGGAGAGAAGAAACCAGGAAAAUUAGUCAUCAAGAUCACCCAAAGCAGGAACCUUUUAGCUGUGUAAUGUCUAAUGUUAAGUCAAAUGAAAGAACAUUUUAGUUUUGCACCUUUCCUAUGCUUAAUGAAGUGGUGAGGAAGCUGUGUACUGUAUGGGGAAAAAUAUAUUAAGGUCAAGGAGUAAAUUUUUCACUACAUUUGCAAUCUCUACAAAGCCAGAAAUUCAAGACAUAGAAAAUAAUUUAUAUUUCAAAGGGGUAUUAUUUACACAGUUUAGACAAAAUUCAAACAUCCAUGAUGACUUAAGGAAAAUUAUUGUGAAGUCGCUAAUUUUCAUGGGAAUAAAAAAUUGAAAUGUCAUUUUUUUUCAUGAAGAAAUGAAAAAAUUCAUGUCGUGCAGGACAUGUUAAAAUUUUAAAUCAAGGGAACGCUUCUUCAGCCACAAAAUUAAAACUCUAUGAACUAAUAAUUUUUCCCAAAUCACAAGAAUUUGACAACCCCCCCCCCCCCCAAAAUGAUUUUGCAGUAAGUGAAAAUAUAGAUUUUCAAAUUUUACCCCUAAUAUUGAAUAUGAAUGCUCAUUGGGAAACCUUGCCUUAACUCAUUUCAAAUUAAAUAGAAAGUAUAUUUUUUUUUGCUUAUGAGCAAGAUAAAUUAAGUCAAAGAGAAACAUUUGUAUGAUUUAAAAGAAAGGGAUUUUAUAUUUUUAUAAACAUUUCACAAGGACCUUGUGCUUGUAUAUAGGAUUUUGCAAUUGAAUGAUAUAUUAUUUGAAUUAGUGUUGUUGAAAUGCAGUUGUUGAGUAUUUUUUCAAAUAUGGAAUGGAUUCAAAGCUGUUUUGAAAUCAUGAGGUCAACUUUAAAAAAGUUGACAAAAUUAGAUUUUAAGUUAUAAUUGUCCAAGCUGUUUUAAAAUCAUAAGAUCAACUUCAGAAAAAGUUGACAAAUUUAAACAAUAGGUUAUAUUUUUUUUUAGUUUCAACUUAGCAAAUUUCCUGACUUUUUCAAAGAACAUUGUUAAAUACUAGCAGACCAUUGCCAUUUUUCUGAUGUACAGAUAUUGUCAAACUUUUAACCUUUUUGAUAUAACCACCUUUACAGUACAUUAUGUAUUUGCUUUGAACAGGUUUUAAGUAAAUAUCUAAUAUAUUACAACUAUUAUACCCACAUAUGAUAUACCGGUAAAGUCAGCACAAUUCAUAAGAGGGACUAUGUUUUUUUGCUAAAACCAUGAUUUGAUACAAGUGAUUAGACUUUUAUAAAGUUGUACUACCUAAGGUAUUGUUUAAUUGUAUCCAUGUAUUGGUUUGGUCUAACCAUGUUUAUUAGUACUGCAUGAUUUUUGCUGUAAAUAGUAGAUUUUUUUAACCUCUAAUCAUAUUAUAAUAAUAGUUGUGUGUACUAAAUACAUUUAGUCACUUUGUCUAAAUGAUAUCUAUUACUGAUCAAGAAAAGGUAAACUUCUUAACCUUCUCAGAAAUUGGAAAAAUAUCUUUCCCUUUUAUAGCAGACUUAAGUCUGUCCCCUAACCCCAAAGAUUCUCCAUGUGUUCUGCACAAGAUGGCUUAAUUUGAGGUAAUCAGAAUUAUCAUGCUGUAUCAUCCCCCCCCCCCCCCCCCCCCCCCCCCUCAAAAGCUAGUGUUUAGAGUAAAGGUUUGUCUUUUUGAGCUGUACUUUUUUAUUUCAAAGUUCAAUGAAAUUAGAUAAUUACAAAAUAUUGAAGAAUCUAUUGUGAUGGAAUUAAUUUUGUAGUCUCUGACCAGAAAGUUUUUCCUUUUCAAGAAAAAUUAGUUUUUGCAUACACUAUGUAUUUUGAAAACCAAUAAUUAAUACCAGUACCUGUAUUGUUCUAUUAAUGAAUACCAUUUGUUUAUAACAACUGCAGACUAGAUAGAAUUUGUUUGCAUGGCCACAGUUCUUAUCUCACUUUAGCUGAAAAUUUGUGAGGUUUUCUCUUCACCCGUUGUCUGGAAUUUGUCCGUCUGUAAACUUUUCACAUUUUUUACUUCUUCUCAAGAACCACUGGGCCAAUUUUGGCCAAAUUUGGCACAAAGCAUCCUUUAAGGGGAUCGAUUCUUCAUUAUGCAAAUGAAGGACCAAGUUCCCUUCCAAGGGGAGAUAAUCAAGAGAAAGUAAAAACAGGGUUGGUCAUUCAAAAAUCCUCUUUUUAAGAACACACAACCAGGAAAGGUGAAAUUUAUGUGAAAGCUUUCCGGGGUAGUGUAGAUUUUAAAUUGUUCAAAUCAUGCCCCUGGGGUAAGGUGGGGCCACAAGAGGGGAUCAAAGUUUUACUUUGAAAUAUAUAUAGGAAAAAAAUCUUUUAAAAUCUUGUUCUCAAGACCAAUUGGACCAGAAAAGAUGAAACUUAUGUGAAAGCUUCCUGAGGUCAUGUGGAUUCUAAAUUUUUCAAAUUAAGCCACCCUGGGGUAGGGUGGGGCCACAAUAAGUGAUCAAAUGUUUACAUUAAAAUAUAUAGGAAAAAAUCUUUUAAAAAUCUUCCUCUCAAGAACCACUGGAUUAGAAAAUAUGAAACUUGCUUGAAAGCUUUGUGAGGUAGUUUAAGUUAAAAAUUGUUCAAAUCGUGACCCCUGAGGCUAGAUUGGGCCACAAUAGGGGAUCAGUGUUUUACAUUAAAAUACAUUGGGGAAAAAAUCUUUAAAAAUCUUCUCAAGAACCACUUGAUGAGAAAAGAUGAACCUCAUGUAAAAUCUUCCUAUUAUUAUGUAGAGCCUAAAUUAUUCAAAUCAUGGCUCCUGGGGAUUAGGGUUUGGCCACAAUAGGGGAACAAAGUUUUACAUGGGACUAUGAUGAAGCAUCCCCAUUUGUGGAGUCAGUCCUUUUAGACAAGAAAAUGGGGUCAGAAUUUUUUAUAGAAAAAAUAACAAUCUUUCUAAAAUCUAAGGAGGAAUAGCUAGGCUAAAUUACUCAGGUGAGCAUUGUGACCUAUGGCUCUUUUGUUGCAGUUAUGAAGCAAGUGAAAUAGACGAUGUGUUUUAAUUCUUUUAUUGUGAUCAGUUGACAAGGACAAAUGCAUACUCAAGCAUGGUAAAAACUGACUGCAGAGCUGCGUCAUUGUCCAUCCAUGUAUAUCCUACACAAAUCUUUUAUUGUGGUCAUUUGUUUCUGAUUAUGAAGUACAUGAUUGUAUGUACACAUCUUGUCAAAAAUAUGAAGUAAUAGUACAGUGUAAUUAAUUGUUAAACAGUUAAUGCAAGACGUUACUUUAAAAAGAAUUUUAAGAUGUACAUGUAUUUCAUUUCUGUUAGAAUUGGCCAGUUUCUGAUAAUCCCAAAGAUCUUAUAUUUUCAUGUGUACUUCUUUUGUACUUUGAAUCUUAAAAUACUCAUUUUUUUAAGUACAGUUUAUAUAUAAUUUUAGUUUACCUUUCGUCCAUUUAUUUCUAACAGUAUAUGUAAGUUUCUGUUGUUCCUGAGUUGUACUAGAUCUGAUUGUCUUUAGUGAUGUUUGUGUAUGGUGCAUAUAACAAUUUAACACAAAUUUAGCUGUCUUAGACGCCUACUUUUUAAUGCCCAGAUAUAGAAAAGUUCUGUUAAGUUUUGCUGAUAUAGUCAUAGAUAUAUUUACAGAUUAUAAGAUAUUUUUCAUUUUUUCUGUUAAAAUUCACCACCACAACUGUGUUGUAAGACUCCCCUCUCUCUCCAGAUCCUGAGCUCAGUGCAAAAAAAAAAAUGUACAACAAAAUUAACUAAUUUUACAUCAAUUUACGAAGAUGGAAGCAGUGUAAAAUAUUUUAUUACUUUUUAAAAAAUUUGUUGGUCACUAUUUUUAAAGAAUUCCAAGUAAAAUCCUGAAUUUAGUUGAGAUAUACCGUAUGGUUGGAUUAACUUGAAGGUUGUGACAUACAUGUAGCAUUUUUUGGAGGAAUAUUAAUAAUUACUGUAUAAUGUGGUAUUUUUUCUGUAUUUUUAUGUCAGUUUUUUUCUUCUGCUAAAUGGUGAAUAAAACUGGAGAUCUUAGUGAAUGGAUAGAUUUCUUUCAGAAUAGAGUACUAGUAAUUCAUUUUAAACAUUGGGUAUAUUGGUGAAUAUGCUUAUUUAUUUAAUGUUAGUUUUAUAUUUUAUCAAUCCUUUUUUUAUCGGUUGUAAUUGCAUUUAUUAUUUCUGUGUAAAUUUGGAGGUGUUGCUAUGCAUGCAGGGUAUAUUUUUAAUAUUUUUUUAAUUUGCUUUUGUAAUAAAUUUUUUUAUUUAA